GCCCGCGAGCAGGUUGUUUUUAUGAGGCGUCACUGGCGUCUGGAGCUCGGACGCCGCCACGGUGACAACCGGCGCGGUCGGGCGGAGGAGGCGGUGCCGUCGGUACAUGAGAGCUUGGCCUCUUCCGGGCUUUUCCCACCUCGCUGUUGGCUGAAAGUAGACUCUGCUGCUAUCUGGUCCCCUUCCCUAUGCCAGCAGGAUUCCAGAUCUGAAAAAUGUCUGAAAAUUCCAGCGACAGUGACUCAUCUUGUGGCUGGACUGUCAUCAGUCAUGAGGGUUCUGACAUAGAGAUCGUGAACUCUGCUGCAGCCAGUGACAACUGUGAGCUGACUCAAGAACAUUCCUCAUUAGAGCAAGAGGAACUGCAAGUUCUUCAUGCAGGGCAUGGAGGUGGAGAAAGCAGCGUAAACAGCACGUCGGCAGUGGGAGAAACCAUGUUGUCCUCAGUGGAAGAAACCAAGCCAGUGAUUGAGGUGGAGGAAGUAAUUUCCCCUGAAGACAAUGUCUAUUUCGGAACUACCAGUGACGAUUCUGACAUUGUUACACUUGAACCACCUAAGCUGGAAGAAAUGGGGAACCAGGAGGUUAUUAAAGAAGCGCCCGGCUCCGACGACUUUAACAUGGGUUCUUCCUCCAGCAGCCAGUACACCUUCUGCCCGCCAGAACCCGUCUUUUCAUCUCAGCCUAGUGAUGAGGAAUCCAGUAGUGAUGACACCAGCCAUGAGCCCAGCCCUGUCCCACGCCGCCGCCGCAACAGGAAGAAGACCAUUUCUGUCUCAGAGUCUGAGGAGCUGCCACUCGCUGAAGCAGAAGAUGAGCUCUCCAAGGAGCCGAGGAAACGCCACUUUAGUGGUGGUCUCAACAAGUGUGUUAUCCUGGCCUUGGUGAUCGCUGUCAGCAUGGGAUUUGGACAUUUCUAUGGCACAAUUCAGAUUCAGAAGCGUCAGCAGUUAGUCAGAAAGAUCCAUGGAGAGGAGCUGAAUGGUGUGAAGGAUCAUCUCUUGCAAUGCCAGCAGGAACAAGAGUCUUUUCUAGAUUUCAAGUUAUUGAAAGAAAACCUUGAGAGGUGUUGGACAGUUACUGAAACAGAGAAAGUUACCUUUGAAACUCAGAAGAAGAAUCUUGCUGCAGAAAACCAGUAUUUACGAAUAUCUCUGGAAAAGGAAGAGAAAGCCCUGUCUUCAUUACAGGAAGAGUUACAGCAACUAAGGGGGCAGAUUAGACUGUUGGAGGAUAAAGGCACAAAUACGCAGUUACUUAGAGAGAACCAGGCUCUUAAGCAGUGCUUAGCAAUGGAGAAACAGAAAACAGAUAGCUUCCUUAAUGAAAAAGAGACUCUCUUGGAGGAAGCAAAGAUGCUGAAGAAGGACCUGGAGAGAGAACGGCUCACAGCAAUGGCUCUGCGGGCUGAACUUGAGCAGUUAGUCCCUGGCAGGGCCCAGGCCCAGGCAGAUUCUCACAGUGCGCAGAAUGAAGAGAAGGAAAUGGUGCUGUUGCAACAGAGGCUGGCUGAGCUGGAGCAGAAGCUAAACUUCGAGCAGCAGCGCUCUGACUUGUGGGAAAGACUGUAUGUUGAGGCAAAGGACCAAAAUGGAAAGCAGGAGACCGACGGGAGGAAGAGAGGAAGCAAAGGAAACCAGAGGGCUAAGAGCAAGUCGAAGGAGACAUUUCUGGGGACAGUUAAAGAAACAUUUGAUGCUAUGAAGAAUUCAACCAAGGAGUUUGUAAGACAUCAUAAAGAAAAAAUCAAGCAGGCAAAAGAAGCUGUGAAGGAAAAUUUGAAGAAGUUCUCAGAUUCAGUGAAGUCCACUUUCCGGCAUUUCAAAGAUACCACCAAAAAUAUCUUUGAUGAAAAGGGCAAUAAGAGAUUCGGGGCUUCAAAAGAAGCAGCAGGUGAAAAAGCAAGAACAGCUUAUGGUUAUUCUUCAUACUCCGUGCACGAGGCACCGAACCAAAACCAGAACUGCAGAGGCCCGUCUGCACAGAGGGAUAGAGGAAGAGAAAAGCCCAGUCACUCUGAAGAAGAUAGGAAAAAUGCAAAUUCAUAUACGUACGAGGCCAAGUUUGACUGCAGAGACACACAUUCUACCAGAAGGGUUUGUUUGGGAUGUACUGGACAAGAAUCCAUUAGCCAUAUUAACACAGCGGGCUCUGUCAGCGUAAAUGACUUCAGAGAGCUGAUUCAGUGGUACUUACUGAAUGAACUGGAUAAUUUUCACCACUGGAAAGAACUGGAUCAGUUCAUCAGUCCAUUUUUCCCAAAUGGUGUCUUUAGAUACGACCAGAAGCUCUUCGUAGACUUUGUUGAUGACGUGAAAGGUUACCUUAAGGGCAUAAAGGAGUAUCAAGUAGAGGAUGACAGUUUGCAGAAGCUGGAUGAAUAUAUAUAUAGACACUUUGGGCACCUUUUCGCCCUUCCAUUCGGACCCAGUCGACCUGAUAAAAAGCAACGUAUGGUAAAUAUUGAAAACUCCAGGCACCGAAAACAAGAGCAGAAGCACCUUCAUCCACAGCCUUAUAAAAGGGAAGGUGAAGCAGAGCCCUCCAUCAUGUCGGAUGGAGAUUAUGAUUACCUCAUCAAGUUUUUGGCCUUGGGAGACUCCGGAGUCGGGAAGACCAGUGUACUUUACCAGUACACAGAUGGGAAGUUCAACUCCAAGUUCAUCACCACAGUGGGCAUUGAUUUCAGGGAAAAGAGGGUGGUAUACAGAGCUAAUGGACCAGACGGAGCUGUGGGCCGAGGCCAGAGAAUCCACCUGCAGUUAUGGGACACGGCGGGGCAGGAGAGGUUUCGUAGCUUGACCACCGCGUUCUUCAGGGACGCUAUGGGUUUCCUGCUUCUGUUCGACCUGACAAAUGAGCAAAGUUUCCUCAAUGUCCGAAACUGGAUGAGCCAGCUACAAAUGCAUGCCUAUUGUGAAAACCCAGAUAUAGUGCUGUGUGGAAAUAAAAGUGACCUGGAAGACCAGAGGGCGGUGAAAGAGGAGGAGGCCAGGGACCUGGCAGAGAAGUAUGGAAUCCCCUAUUUUGAAACCAGUGCUGCCAACGGGACAAACAUUAGCCAAGCCAUUGAGACGCUCUUGGACCUGAUUAUGAAGCGGAUGGAAAGGUGUGUGGACAAGUCCUGGAUCCCGGAAGGAGUGGUGCGAUCCAAUGGCCAUACCUCUGCAGACCAGCCAAAUGAGAAGGAGAAAGGGAUUUGCAGCUGUUGAGACACAGGCGAGCAUUGUGGCAGUGCAGGGCACCUGCCUGUGAGCUCGGCCAUGGAGACCAAGCCACCACCGUGAGAUGAACAAGACCACCUGUUCAUCUCCAGGAGGCAUGAACUCAGCAGCCAUUUGUAACUUGUCGCAGCUUUAUAAGAUUCUAGUCCAAGAAUUGGGAGAACUACUUCACAGAGCCAAAAGUGUCUUAUAAAACCUAAGCCCAUGGUAGCAGUUCAUUCAGGAAUUCAGGACUUUGCAGCCACGAAAGGUUUCAUCUGUUAUGUAGAAUGCCGAUGGUCCCGGUCCCGUCACCUGCCUUAAAGCAGUCACCUGCCUCAACACAGAUAGACCUAGAGUCUCAUGAAGACAUUAAGAUCUUUGAGCAGUGAAAGGCCAUCAUGGUCUUGAGAAUCCAGAUUUCAAAAUCCAUGCUCUAGAACAUCAAACAUUUGAAUGUUAGGGAUGUGCACCCCGGGCCAAUGGCUUUCAGCGUUACCUUUCAUGUAGGCCUUCCCCUUGACGUGAACAUAAAGGAAUGACGGCUGUAUCUCUAGACUCUGAGCAGAGUGGAUUGAACUUAUGUGAGUUUGGUGGUGGUGGGAGGGGUUUGUGGAGCAGAGGUGAAGGACCUCCUAGCAGGAGCAAGGGAGGUCAUGGAGACCCGUGUGUUUAUCCAUGAUUGUUGGUUUAGUCUGUGUCUGAACAUGGCUUGUGCUUCUGGUGUAUGUAUAAGAAGAGAUUUCUUUCUCUCUCUCUCUCUUUUUUUCUCUUCCUACUUGUACAUUUGUUCUGGUGCCUUCGGGCUGCAGUUUCAAUUGGUUUGUAGACUGCUAAUCUGACUUUUCCAUGAGGCUGGGUGUGGUUGGUAUUGGUAUUUCCCUGUUUGCUUUCUCUUUUUAAUCAAGCAGCACGUGUACUUGCCAUCAGCAGGGAGCUCAGAGUCGGGACUUAAGCAGCCACAUUUGUAUGCUAGUUAAAGAAAGUGUUCUGUAGCCUGAACCUUUCCCUGGGAAUGUGGGCAUUUCUGUACUUGCUCUUAUCUUGCCAAGAUCAUGCGCUGUGCUCUGUCGCCACCUUAUCUUCAUGCCCAAGAUGGGUGGCUAAAAAUAUUCUUCACAGAACCUACUUCUAAAGACCUAAGGUGUCUCAUUCAGAACAAAAUUCUUUUCAAAAUGGCUUAAAGGAAGUAAGCCAAAAUCUGCAACAAAUCUCACCACAGGAAAAAUCUCACCAGCUAUAAAUUUAAGAAGUAAAAACUGUGG